UACAGUGGAUAACUGGCAUGCAAACAGUCACUGUGAUACGUAUUGACUGACACACAGACAGGUUAACUAGUCAGCUGCCAGGUACAAGCUUGUCUUCAGGUCUCUAUCACUGCUGAGGUUCUGCAAGGGUUUGAGGGAGGAUGAAUCAGUGGUCUGGAUUUUUUAGGAGACACCAGGGACAAAUAAAAGAGGAGGUGAAAAAGGAGGCAAGGAUUAAUGGAACAAAGGCUGCAGUGAAAAAAAGUUGGAAGGAAUGGACAGUGGACCCCUCCAGCGAUGUGUAUUUCAAUUGGCUAAAGGUCAUGGUGUUCCCUGUGCUUUAUAACUGGGUCAUUAUCAUCUUCAGGACCUGCUUUAUGGAUAUGGAAUAUAACUACCUGCCUGUGUGGUUAACCCUGGACUACCUGUCUGAUCUGUUAUAUGUGGUCGAUGUCAUCAUUAAGUUUAACACAGGAUUCCUAGAACAUGGCAUCAUGGUUCAGGAGCGUUCCAGGCUGAACAGGCGAUAUCUGCACACCUCAGAGUUCUUCUUUGAUGCACUGUCCCUCCUGCCCACAGACCUCCUGUAUCUGUGGCUAGGGAUCCACUGCCCUAUGGUCCGAAUCAACCGCUUCCUACGCAUACCCCGGCUCUUUGAGGCCUUUGACCGCAUGGAGACCCGUACAUCCUACCCCAACUCCUUUCGGCUCUGCAAGCUGAUGCUCUACACCUUUGUGUUAAUUCACUGGAAUUCCUGUGGAUACUUUGCCCUGUCCCGGACCAUUGGUUUUGGGGUAGACCCAUGGGUGUACCCCAAUAUCACAGACCCCGAUUUUGCUUCAGAACUGCGCCAGUACAUCUACAGCUUCUGGAUCUCCACGCUAGUCUUCACUACAGUAGGUGAUACACCUGUCCCUGAGAGAGAGGAGGAGUAUCUCUUCAUGAUAGCGGACUUGCUAAUUGCAGUGCUGGUCUUUGCCUCCAUUGUGGGGAAUGUGGGGAAUGUAAUCACCAACCUUAACAAUGCAGACAAUGCCUUCUUCCCCAAUCAUGAACUGGUCAAGAGUUACAUGAAGACCCAUCGGGUGAACAAGGAUCUCCAGACACGAGUGAAUGGCUGGUACCAGCACCUGCACAUCAACAAGAAGAUGACCAGGGAGAAUGAGAUCCUUCAGUUAUUGCCAGACAGGCUCCGUGCAGAGGUGGCAGUCAGCGUGCACAUGGGCACACUCAGCAAGGUAACUAUCUUCCAGAACUGCGAGAUGAGCCUCCUGGAGGAGCUGGUGUUGAAGCUGAAGCCCCAAGUUUACAGCCCCAGGGAGUACGUCUGCAAGAAAGGGGACAUUGGCCAUGAGAUGUAUAUCAUCAAGGAGGGAAAACUGGCAGUGGUCGCAGAUGAUGGGGUCACUGAGUUUGCGGUGCUUGGGGAGGGAAACUUCUUCGGAGAGAUCAGCAUUCUUAACAUCAAAGGAAACAAGUCUGGCAACAGACGGACAGCAAAUAUCAGGAGCAUCGGACACUCAGACCUUUUCUGCCUUUCCAAAGAGGACCUGAAGGGGGUCUUGACAGAGUUCCCAGAUGCCAAGCGGAUCCUGGAAGAGAAGGGGCGACAAAUCCUGAUGAAGAUGGGCAUUCUGGAUGAGAGCAUGGUGGGUGUUGAGGAAAAAAAGGAACUGACAGUGAGCCGUUUAAACGAGAUUGAGGGCAAGCUGGACUCUCUGCAGACCAAACUGGCUCGCCUGUUGGCUGAGCUAGAGUCCAACACAUACAAACUGAGGAUCAGACUUGAGCAACUGGAGAAUGAGACCAGUGAGUGGGAACUGCCAAAGGUGGAGCAUGAGAAGGAUGGAGAGGAUGAUGGAGAGGGUGAGGUAAAGGGGGACAGAGUGGAGGGAGAAAGUGGGAAGAAAGUGGGGAAGAAAGAGGAUGAGCCAGGACCUAGCAAGGGGGAGUAGGAGAUCUCUUUCAUUAAACUUUGUGUUUAUGCUGGUUUUGUGUAGAGGUUUUAGAUAAUUAAAUAUUUCAAUAAAUAUGAGCCAAAAUUUUGGUCAUUUUCAAACUCUUCUCCUCUGAAACUUGCUGUACAUGUUUAUGAAUGGUCAAUUUUUAACCCUUGGUGGUCCAUUUUUUCAGCGUGUCUCAGGUGCGUCAGAUCCAAUUUAUUUUCACACGCACAGUUUAUUUUAGACGCGCUGUUUAAAAGUAUUUUUUCAUAGUAAAACCGGUUUAAAAGGCACUGCAUAUCAACAGGACACUCAGUACAGCCCUGCCCCACCCCUUGUUCGCUGUAUUUUUCACAUACCUCUUCAUAGUAGUGCAUACCGAUAAAUCAUCUCCUGAUCACUCGUUUUAUCACCAAACUCCUCAAUAAUGCGAUCCAAGUCAUUAUUCUAUUACUAUAACAUCUCAAAAAGCUCUGCAAAUGUCUGUGAUAUUAUUUGAGUGCUGGAUACAGAAGCAGCUAUCUUGUUUGUUUAUGGCCGUGUUAUCUCUGUGGUGCCGGGGCUAUGUGUAUUGCUCAGAUCCGCCCCUUUUUUUUUUAUUCGGCCUCUCUCGGCCACUAUCGGUCUCACUCGGCCAUUGAAUGGUUUUCUCUGCUUUUUCCAGAGAAAAAACGAGACCUGUGUUUUACGUCUUUUUGAUGAUGUUGGACAGGGUCCGACAUUGGACCGGAAACAGAAAAUUGUAAUGUCGGACCUGGUCCGACAUAAGACUGCAAAGGGUUAAAGAUUUCCAGGGAUCUGGGAUUACUCAUAGUCCCUGAAAGGUUGGGUCUGCCCCCUUUGUUUCUGAAUUGGCUUGGUAGUGUUCAUUUCUAAGAGGAUGUGAAAGAGGUUUCUUCUCUUAACCCUUGGGUCGUGCCCUGUGUAUUACAAAUCUCAUGUUAUUGUUUUGUUUAUAUUAUUUUAUUUUAUUUUAUUUUUUGGUGUACUACAUGACUUGUUCAUUCCGUGUUUAUUUUGUAUUCACACUCUAAAAACCUUGUAACA